AUGAAGCGACAGCUGGAAAUGUCCCGGAUUAUUCUCCUUCUGGGAAUUGCCCUCAGGGCCAACACUCAAGCCCCAGUCCUCAGACGUCAACAUUAUCUUCUGGAGAUUGACAACGGAAUUCUCAACAACGUUAAGCCGUAUCCUCAAGCUCUCGGUAAAGAUGUUGAUUUAUCCGACCUUGGGCUACGGUCAGUCCAAAAAAAUGCUUUUGAUCAGCUUGUCAACAUAAAAUCUCUCAAUCUAGAUAAUAAUUCUCUACAAGAGCUCCCUGAAUUUGUUUUUGCUAAUUUAACAACUCUACAAGCAUUAUCUCUAGCCAAAAAUAAUUUUAAUACCUUUCAAAAUAAUUUUGUCGGGCUUAAUAAUUUAAAAACACUCAACAUUUCUUACAAUCCACUUAAACAUUUAAGAAAGAGUUUUUUUUUCGGUCUUACUAAAUCAACUGAGAUCAUCACCGAAGGCAAUGAAUUUUGGAGCAUAUCUACAGAACUUUUUGAAAAUCCAUUUCUUCGCGAAAUGGAGCCGAAUCAUCAAUUAGAGUUUGAUGAAAGUCCGGAUAAAAAUCCGACGUUGAGAAAUAAUGACGAUAAUUUAAUUCUUGAUGAUAAUCUUAAAGUAAAGAUUUGCAAAACAGCCCAAGGUGUUGUAAAUACAGUUGAAGAGUUACAAACAAACGAAACAUUAUCCUCCGAGUGCAAACAAGCUGGUAUUAUUUACGAGCGACGUACCUUAGUGCUUAAAAAUUUGGGAUUAAAAGCCGUUCAAAAAGGUUGGUAUAAACUAAAUAAAUAUCCAUUUAAUUCCAUUGAUUUAAGCAUGAAUAAUAUAGAAGAAAUUACACCAGAAUUGCUAAAUGAUCUUCCUGAGAAUUUGGCCUUUGUUAAUUUAGCUGGAAAUAAAAUUAAACAGUUAAGAAGAAAUAUUAUUGAGAAUAAUUAUUUGAAAGUAUUGAAUCUAAAGGAUAAUUUAAUAAUGGAAAUUGAAGGUGGUGCUCUAGAAAAAACUCAACUAUCUGGGUUUUUUAUUAUAGGCAAUUGUUUGAAGAGCUUAUCGUUUGCUUCAACUUUACCAAUUACAUUAACAGAAAUGAUUGCUUCGCAGAAUGAUAUUGAAGAAAUUCCAGAAAAUUCAAUGGCUAAUUUAAAGAAUCUAGUUUAUUUGAACUUAGCUCACAAUAAUAUUACCGAGUUAAAAAGUAAUACUCUUCGUGGGUUAACUUCGCUUCAAGUACUUAUUCUCACGGACAAUAAGCUGAAGACUAUUGAAGAAGGAGCCUUUAAAGAUAUGAUUAAUUUAAGAACACUCUAUCUUUAUCGUAACGCAAUUAGUGAUUUAAAAAGUGGAUUUGUUCGAGGUUUAGAAAAUUUGAAGGAUCUUAAUUUAGCUUGGAAUAAUAUUAAAAAAAUUACUAAUGAUACGUUCAUUGAAUUACCAGACACUUUAAGAGAUCUUCAUCUUGAUUUCAAUGAAAUCGAAUCUCUGGAGGUUGGCAGCUUCGUUGAUGUUCCUAAAUUCACGCUUUCUCUUGAUGGGAAUAAAAUAUCAGCGAUACCAAGAGGAGCGUUCAAUCUUCCGUACCUUCACGAAUUGCACUUGAAAAAUAAUUCGUUACAGUCAAUUGACGGUGACGCUUUCGAGGGUCUUUGGCGUCUACGUCGUCUUUCUUUGAAUGCCAAUAAUAUUACGAGUAUUAAAAAAGGAGCUGCUAAAAAUAUGGGACGUAUUCAUUUGCUUGAUCUCUCGAAAAAUCCCAUUGAAAAAUUAGAAAAUGGCGCGCUUUUUGGAUUACCUAAAUCAAGAGGCUGUUUUGUAUAUUUAUCUGAUACAUUUCUUAAAAUAAUUCAAGGUGGUAUUUUUGAUGAUGUUUAA